AACUCAAGACAAUGGAGACAGUAGAGCAAACCCAUGAGGCUCAUGUUCUAGUUGUCAUCUUGUCCAUUCAAGGCCACAUAAACCCACUUCUUCAGUUCUCAAAGAGACUCUUCUCCAAAGGUAUCAAGGUCAGACUAGCCAUUACCACCUCUGUUGCCAAGUCCAUGCACACCAAAGUUUGCCCUAUUAGUUUUGAGACAUUCUCUGAUGGCUAUGAUGAUGGGUUUAAGAAAGAAGAUGGAAUUGAAAGCUAUCUUGAGAGAUCUAAACUUGUUGGGUCACAAACCUUAGGGGAUCUCAUCAAGAAACUUGAAAGGUUGGGUAAUCCUAUUAGUUGUGUUGUUUAUGAUUCAUUCUAUCCAUGGGUUCUUGAUGUAGCUAAACAAUUCAACUUGCCUGGUGCUUCUUUCUUCACCCAAUCGUGUGCUGUCUGCAACAUUUACUACCAUGUUCAACAAGGUCUACUGAAGGUACCUGUGGAUUCUCCAACAGUUUCCAUUCCAGGAUUGCCACUGCUUGCUAUUGCUGAUUUGCCAUCUUUUGUUUCUGUCUAUGGAUCCCACCCUGGAGUUCGUACCAUAAUCUUGAAUCAGUUCUCCAACAUUGAUAAAGCUGAUUGGCUUCUCUUCAACACAUUUGACAGGUUAGAGGAUGAGGUGGUCAAAUGGAUGUCAAAUCUCUGGCCAAUCAAGACAGUUGGACCAACUGUACCUUCUAUUUAUCUAGACAAGAGGAUUGAAAAAGACAAAGAUUAUGGUCUUGACCUUUUUGACCCAAGGAGUGAAAUCUGCAUGAACUGGCUAAACAAGAGGGAAACUAAUUCUGUCAUCUAUGUUUCUUUUGGAAGCACUGCUUCAGUUGCUGAAGAACAGAUGAAGGAAAUAGCAUGGGCUCUUAAGGGGGGAAACAAGUAUUUCUUAUGGGUAGUGAGGGAAUCAGAGAAAAGAAAGCUUCCUAGUGAUUUUGCAGAAGAAGUAUGGGAGAAGGGGUUGGUGGUGCAAUGGUGCCCUCAGUUGGAGGUGUUGUCCCACAAGGCUGUGGGAUGUUUUGUUACACAUUGUGGAUGGAAUUCAACGCUGGAGUCAUUGUGCUUAGGUAUACCAAUGGUGGAGUUGCCACAAUGGAGUGAUCAGACCACGAAUGCGAAGUUUGUUGAGGAUGAAUGGGAAGUAGGACUGAGAACUAAGGUUGAUGAAAAUGGGAUUUCGAGAAGAGAAGAAAUAGAGGUCUGUAUAAGGGAAGUUACAGAGGGAGAGAAAGGAAAAGAAAUGAGAAUGAAGUGUGAUAAGUGGAAACAACUUGCCAAAGAAGCAGUAGAUGAAGGUGGAAGUUCAGAUAAGAACAUUGAAGAAUUCAUCCGGAGUAUGUUAUGCACUAUAAGGUGACUAUUUAGACAUUGAAGAAAUAAAUUUCCUUACUUUGGUGUGAACACAUGCUAGCCCUAGUU